ACAGAAACAUCAUCAUCUUCUCAAUUUUCACCAGUCCUUUCUUCCCUCUUUGAGGCCUUUUUUUUCUUUUUUUCUUUUUCAUUUUUUUCUUUCUUUUUUCCCUCUUUGUUUCUCCUUCUUCUUCCCCACAAAACCCUUUUUUUAAUUUUGAUUUUUAUAUUUAUAAUUUUAUAUUUUAUUUAAUUAGUGGAAGAUGCAGUAUCAGCAGAGGUUGAAGCAGCAGCAAGCUCUGAUGCAACAAUCCCUUUAUCAUCCUGGCCUUUUAGCCCCACCCCAGAUAGAGCCUAUAUUGAGUGGUAACUUGCCUCCUGGGUUUGAUCCAAGUACAUGCCGCAGUGUUUAUGUUGGAAAUGUUCACUCACAAGUCACAGAACCUCUUCUACAAGAGGUUUUUUCUAGCACUGGUCCCCUGGAAAGCUGCAAGCUUAUUCGUAAAGAAAAAUCAUCCUAUGGCUUUGUGGACUACUUUGAUCGUAGAUCAGCUGCUCUUGCCAUUGUUUCUCUCAACGGAAGGCACUUGUUUGGACAACCUAUCAAGGUUAACUGGGCAUACGCAAGUACUCAGAGAGCAGACACAUCAGGUCACUUCAACAUUUUUGUGGGUGAUCUGAGCCCUGAAAUCACAGAUGCCACUCUAUUUGCUUGCUUUUCUGUUUAUAGUAGUUGCUCAGAUGCAAGAGUGAUGUGGGAUCAGAAAACUGGGCGUUCAAGAGGAUUUGGGUUCGUUUCUUUCCAGAAUCAACAGGAUGCUCAAAAUGCAAUAAAUGAAUUGAAUGGUAAGUGGCUUGGAAGCAGACAGAUUCGUUGCAACUGGGCUGCAAAGGGUGCAGGAGCUGAUGACAAACAGAACUCAGAUGCCAAGAGUGUCGUUGAACUAACAAAUGGAACAUCUGAAGAUGGUCAAGAGAAGAUCGAUGAUGCCCCAGAGAAUAAUCCUCUGUAUACAACUGUAUAUGUUGGCAAUCUUGGUCCUGAGGUUACUUCUGUAGAUCUUCACAGGCAUUUCCAUGCAUUUAAUGCCGGAGUAAUUGAAGAUGUUCGUGUUCAACGAGAUAAAGGUUUUGGUUUUGUGAGAUACAGUAACCAUGCCGAAGCGGCUCGCGCUAUUCAGAUUGGGAAUGCUAGGAUACUUUUUGGCAAACCAAUAAAGUGCUCGUGGGGUAGUAAGCCAACACCCCCUGGGGCUAGCUCCACUCCUCUACCCCCUCCAAGUGCUGCAGUUGCCUCGGGAUUUUCAGCAGCUGAUCUUGCCGCAUAUGAAAGGCAGCUCGCUUUAGCUAGGAUGGGUGGUGCACAAGCGCUGAUGCACCAACAGGUCCAGCGUAUGGGUGCCGCUGGUCAGGCUAUGUAUGAUGGUGGGUACCCAGGCAUUGCUUCUACUCAGCCACCUAUGUACUUCCAGUAAUAUUAAUGGAGCCAUCUUCUUUGGCAGAGGAUUUAUGUUAAAAAUAUGUAGGAUGCGUCUUAAUUUUUCUAUUUUCUUAUGGUAAAUUUCGGAUGCCCCAGUGGUGUGCAUCAGUUGUAGAUUAAUAUUUUCCGUCGGGAUUAUGAAUUAAACAAAGCUUAAACCAACCACGUCCACGAGUGUGGGCUGGCAAGUA